AUGGGUCGCCACUACAACUCUCGUCACUCGUACUGGGACGACGACUAUCGCCACGGCCACGGUCACAGACACGGAUACGGAUACGCUACUCCUGUUGCUUCGAUGCCCUACGUCGACCCCAUGAUGGGUAUGGGAAUGUCAAUGACUCCCUACCCCAUGUAUGGCGGUUACGCCACCGACCCCUACGCGUAUGGUGGAUAUCCCUACGGUGGAUACGGAUAUGGUGCUGGAUACGGAUACGGCGCAGGCUAUGGAGGUUACAGCAGCUACGGAUACCCCAUGAUGGGCGGCAUGGUCGGAGGGAUGGGCUACUACGAGCCCUACGGGUAUCCGCCUAUGGUCAUGGAACCCAGCUACUACCACCGGCAUGGGCUGCUCGACCACUUCCUGCGUCCAGGCAUGUACCGAUACUAA